AUGUCGACCGGAAAGCGUACUCGCAGAACCGUGUAUUCAGAUAGUGAUGCCGAAGAAACGGCGGCAGCUAAACAGAAGGAAACAAGAGCAAAUUCAAAGAGGGCGCGUCGUUCCGUAACUGAAGAAAUCGAUGAGUUUCCUGAUGAUAUGAACGUGGAAGAUGAAGAUUUUGAGGAGGAGUUCGAUAAGGAAGCAGCAGAAGAAUUAGAAAAGAUUAGGUUAAGACGAAGAAGUUCCGCAGGGGCUACUGCAGAAUCGGGUGUAAUUGAGUCUAUCGAACUGGUCAACUUCAUGUGUCACAAGUUUCUUAAAGUUGCUUUUGGACCUAAAAUUAAUUUCAUCAUCGGACACAACGGAAGUGGUAAAAGUGCCAUCCUAACAGGAAUCACAGUUUGCCUUGGCGGUAAAGCUAACGUCACUAAUCGUGCGUCAAAUUUAAAGUCCCUUAUUCGAGAAGGAGCAAGUGUUGGACAAGUAACGUUGAAGUUGCGCAAUCGUGGAGCAGAUGCAUAUCGACCUGAAACGUAUGGUGAUUCGAUUAUUAUUGAACGUAGAAUUAGUCAUGACGGAAGCAAUGGAUAUAAAAUUAAAACUCAUGAAGGAAAGCUUGUUUCUGGAAAAAGAGACGAGUUGAAUGCCAUAUUGGAUCACAUGGCAAUUCAAGUGGACAACCCCUUGAACGUAUUAUCACAAGAUACAGCGCGUCAAUUUUUACAAUCUUCGAGUUCUGAAGAUAAAUAUAAGUUUUUUAUGAAAGGAACGCAGCUGACCCAAUUGAGUGAAGAUUAUGAACUUAUAAGAGAAAGUAUUGAAAUAACACUAAACAUAAUUAAACAUAAAAAAGAGGUGCUACCCGACUUACACAAACAAGCAAAGGAAGCCGAAGCCAGAUAUCAGGACAUACAGAAAGCACGGGAGCUUGGACUUAGAGUAUCAUCAUUAAAGGAUCAGAUGGCAUGGGCACAAGUUGAGGAAAAAGAGAAGGAGGUUUCCGCUGCUGAAGCUGACUUGAAAAAAGCAAAAAAACGAGUCCUUACUGUGCAAAAAAACCUUGAAAAAGAGCAAGCACAAUUGGACGAUAUAAAUGCCGCCAUAUCCACGUUGGAAGAGCAAUAUAAUGAACAUGUAGGAAUUACUAAACCGCUGCAGGAUCGCAAAAAAGAAUUAAAUAAGAUAAUUAAGGAGAAUGCUGAUCAGUUACGCGAGAUUUCAACGGACGAAAGGGACGUCAACGAUAACAUCAUAAAUUUAAAAAAAUCAAUAGAAAAAUAUCAAGAGAAGAUAAAUGAAGAAGCUCUUAAGCUAAGAGAAGACAACCGUCAAAAGCGAGAUGACAUUUUAAAUGCCAUAAGAGUAAGGGAAGAAGAGAUCAACAGAAUAACUUGUAGAAAUCGUGAAUUACAAACAAGAUUAGAAAAUUUGCAUGAUAAAAAAGAACACAUUCGUAAUGAGAGGCGUUCCAUGGAAAUUCGUGCUCGUAGCACCCGCGAGGAAAUCGAACGAUACGAAAAUCUUAAGCAACAACUGAUUGAUCAGAAAAGCAAUCAUCUGAGAGUCUUUGGAUCUUCUAUACCUGAAGUACUCGAGGCUAUUGAUCGUUUCAAUCAUUGGAAGAAGAAGCCUGUGGGACCUUUUGGAAGAUAUAUUAAAUUAUUAAAGCCAAAAUGGAGUAAUACUUUGGAGUCUGUGAUCGGUAACUCGCUAACAGCUUUUUCUGUUCAAGAUUAUCAUGAUCAACAAGUGUUAUCGAAGAUAAUGGCUGACUUUAAAUGUAAUUCACCUAUUAUUGUUGGCGAAUAUGAUAAAUUUGACUAUUCUUCCGGAGAGCCUUCCGAUGAAUUUUUGACAAUUCUUCGAGUUCUACAGAUUGACGAUGAAAACAUAAAAAGGCAACUUAUUAAUCAAUAUCGUAUAGAAUCCAUCAUACUUGUUGAACGGAGAGAUGAAGCUGACAAAAUAAUGCACAAUAGCGGAAGAGGGUUUCCUCAUAAUGUGGACGGAUGUUAUACGAUGGACGGAUAUAAAGUUGGGCACAGAGGUGGCGGUUUUUUAACUCAGUCGAUAAGAGCAUAUAGAGGACCAGCAAGGUUUACGCCUGAUGUUGACAGUCAGAUCAGAGAUGCUGAAAGAAUGCGUAAGGAAGCAUCUACUAUGCAUUUUCGAUAUGUCUCUGAGCUGGAAAAGGCUGAUCAGGAACUAAAAAAUGUGCAAGUCGAACAACAAAAGAUACAUGCCGAAAUCGCAGAGAAUCAACAUCAGGGAAGAAGUCUGAAUGAGGAGAUUAUUCAAUAUAAAGAAAAAUUACAGGAAGAUGAAUCUGCUAGUAUCACGGCUUUAGAAGAUGCAAUACAAGAGGCCGAACAACACAUAAAAAUGUCUAAGAAAAAUUAUGCAGCAUUACAAGAGAACAAAGUCCGCAUAAAUCAAAGUCAAUUACCGUUAGUGACUGAAAUUGAGAAAGUGGGUAGACGCUUAAUUUCGAUGUCCGAUGAAUCGCGUGUCAUCAAUGAACAACUGGAAGAACAAGUUGGUCUUCGAGUUACCCAUGCUAACAAUAAGGAACACUGGGUGAAAAAAUUAGCAAUAGAACAACAAAAAGUUGAUGUUGUAGAAGAAGAACUCAGAAAGAGAAAGUGUGAACUUGAGGACUGGACUAAACAAGCGGAAGAUUAUUGUCCUGAACGUGUGGAGGUAACAAAGUCAGCCCAUGAAUUGGAUCGAGAAAUAAAACAAAUUCAAAAUAGACUGCGUGAAAGAGAGAAGGAACAAGGAUUUAGUCUAGAAGAAAUUGCUUCAGACGUGACUGCUAAAUGUGAAUCAUAUCGGAGAGCGAAAAGAGAAAUUGCACAUAUGGAACAAUUUAUCAAGGAUCUCAAAGAAGCUUUGCAAACACGUAUGAAAAAAUGGAGAAAUUUCCGUACUUAUAUCUCUAUUCGUGCGAGGUGGCAAUUUUUAUUCCAGUUAACCAAGCGCGGCUAUGCUGGAAAACUACUUUUUGACCAUCCAAAUAAGACGCUGAAGAUCAGAGUUCAAGUUGAUGAACAAUUGAAUCAAGGUUCUGAUAAGGAUCCUAAGUCAUUAUCCGGUGGAGAAAAAUCGUUUUCUACUAUAUGUUUUCUUCUUUCUCUAUGGGAGGCCAUGGGAUGCCCGAUUCGGUGCCUUGAUGAAUUUGACGUCUUUAUGGACGCCGUUAAUCGUAGAAUUAGCAUGAAAAUGAUGAUUGAAACAGCAAGGGAAUCGGAUUGUACACAAUAUAUUUUGAUCACCCCUCAAGAUGCUAGUAGCGUUUCUCCUGGACCUGACGUUCGCGUUCAUCGAUUGCAAGAUCCAGAAAGAGGUCAAGGAAUCAUCGAACCUGAAGAGAUGUGA